GAUCGCUGGCAAACAAGAAGAGACGACCGGGGGAGACGGAGCAGAAGAAGAAGGACACGACUGAAUAAGAAGAGAGGCAGAUAGAAAGAAACAAGAAGAAGAGAGGAAAAGCAAAGCAUCAUGGAUGUUCUGAAGAAGGGAUUCUCCAUAGCAAAGGAUGGAGUGGUGGCCGCUGCCGAGAAGACGAAGGCUGGUGUGGAGGAGGCCGCCGCCAAGACCAAGGAGGGGGUCAUCUAUGUCGGAAACAAGACAAUGGAGGGAGUGGUGACGAGUGUUAACACAGUUGCCCAGAAGACGACCGACCAGGCCAACAUCGUCGCCGACACCGCGGUUUCCGGGGCCAACGAGGUUGCCCAGGCAGCGGUGGAGGGGGUGGAGAAUGCAGCUGUGGCGAGCGGAUUUGUCAGCACGGAGGAGGCGGGACCAGUGGCUGAGGAGACUGACCUUCCAAAAACCGAAGCAGGAGGCGAACAGACUGAACAGGCUGCACAGUAGACUCUGCAGCGACAGAGGAACGAGAGAAGAAACAUCCCAUUUUAGCCUUCGCUCACCCCUUUGACCUCUGACCCUGUGUGUAACUUAAUCUCAUUAACCAAUAGAAACCCUCGUCCUCAUCUUCCCUCCUGUUGCCAUGGUUACACUGCCUCUACAUCAUACCCAUCACUCACAUGCUGAUGUCAGUUUUUAACAUCCAAAGAUCAACUUAAUCAAGGUGUAUGCAUCCACGCUCUCAGCUGAUUGGUCGGUGUAGGAUGACAUCACCUGGGCUAGUGUUCACAUCUGAUGUGUCCUAUGAAACACCCCCCCUUACUGUCAAUCACUAGGCUGACUCCGCCCCUGACAGACACACAUCUGAAGCCUUUUAAAUGCAUGUAGCUUUACUGACGCACUUAAAAUACUGGAAAACACACACACACACACUCACACACACACACUCACACACACACACACACACACACACAGACACAGACACAGACACACACAGUCACACACACACACACACACAGUCAGUUGCUGGUAAUAACUGAGCUUCAGAGCCGAUUUCUUCUUUUAUAAAACAGAAGUGAAAUAAAGGAGAGUUUGAAAUCCGC